AUGGGCAAGAUCGAGAGCAACGAGAGGGUGAUCCUCAAUGUCGGGGGCACCCGGCACGAAACCUACCGCAGCACCCUCAAGACCCUGCCCGGGACGCGCCUGGCCCUGCUCGCCGCCUCCGAGCCCCAGGGAGACCCGCUGCAGCCACCGCCCCCUGCGCGCUCGCCGCCGCCGCGGCCGCCCCCGCGGUCCCCCGGGCCGGGCGGCUGCCUGGAGGGCGGCGCGCGCAACUGCAGCGCCCGCGGCGGCGACCACCCCGCCGGGGGCGGCCGCGAGUUCUUCUUCGACCGGCACCCGGGCGUCUUCGCUUACGUGCUCAACUACUACCGCACCGGCAAGCUGCACUGCCCGGCCGACGUGUGCGGGCCGCUCUUCGAGGAGGAGCUGGCCUUCUGGGGCAUCGACGAGACCGACGUGGAGCCCUGCUGCUGGAUGACCUACCGGCAGCACCGCGACGCCGAGGAGGCGCUCGACAUCUUCGAGGCCCCCGACCUCCUCGGCGGCGACCCCGGCGACGACGAGGACCUGGCGGCCAAGAGGCUGGGCAUCGAGGACGCCGCGGGCCUGGGGGGCCCCGACGGCAAGUCUGGCCGCUGGAGGAGGCUGCAGCCCCGCAUGUGGGCUCUCUUCGAGGACCCCUACUCGUCCAGAGCCGCCCGGUUUAUUGCUUUUGCUUCUUUAUUCUUCAUCCUGGUUUCAAUCACAACCUUUUGCCUGGAGACACAUGAAGCUUUCAAUAUUGUUAAAAACAAGACAGAAUCAGUCAGCAAUGGCACCAGUGUGGUCCCACAUUAUGAAAUUGAAACAGACCCUGCCUUGACGUAUGUAGAAGGAGUAUGCGUGGUAUGGUUUACUUUUGAAUUUUUAGUCCGUAUUGUUUUUUCCCCCAAUAAACUUGAAUUCAUCAAAAACCUCUUGAAUAUCAUUGACUUCGUGGCCAUCCUGCCCUUCUACUUAGAGGUGGGACUCAGCGGGCUCUCAUCUAAAGCUGCUAAAGAUGUACUUGGCUUCCUCAGAGUGGUCAGAUUUGUGAGGAUCCUCAGGAUCUUCAAGCUCACCCGCCAUUUUGUAGGCUUGAGGGUGCUUGGACACACUCUUCGAGCGAGCACAAAUGAAUUUCUGCUGCUGAUAAUCUUCCUGGCUCUAGGAGUUUUGAUAUUUGCUACUAUGAUCUACUAUGCGGAGAGAGUGGGCGCCCAGCCCAACGACCCUUCAGCUAGCGAGCACACGCAGUUCAAAAACAUCCCUAUUGGGUUCUGGUGGGCUGUAGUAACCAUGACUACCUUGGGCUAUGGAGACAUGUACCCCCAGACGUGGUCGGGGAUGCUGGUGGGAGCCCUGUGCGCUCUGGCUGGAGUGCUGACCAUAGCCAUGCCGGUGCCUGUCAUUGUCAACAACUUCGGAAUGUACUACUCCUUGGCGAUGGCAAAGCAGAAGCUUCCACGGAAAAGAAAGAAGCACAUCCCUCCUGCUCCUCAGGCAAACUCGCCUACUUUUUGCAAGACAGAAUUAAACGUGGCCUGCAAUAGCAAGCAGGGUGACACGUGUCUGGGCAAAGACAGUCGGCUUCUGGAACAUAACAGAUCAGUGUUAGCAGGUGACGACAGUGCGGGAAGUGAGCCACCGUUAUCGCCCCCAGAAAGGCUCCCCAUCAGGCGCUCUAGCACCAGAGACAAAAGCAGAAGAGGGGAGACGUGUUUCCUGCUGACGGCAGGUGAUUACACAUGUGCUUCUGAUGGAGGGAUCAGGAAAGGAUAUGAGAAAUCCCGAAGCUUAAACAACAUAGCGGGCUUGGCAGGCAAUGCUCUGAGGCUCUCUCCAGUAACUUCACCUUACAACUCUCCUUGUCCUCUGAGGCGCUCUCGAUCUCCCAUCCCAUCUAUCUUGUAA